AUGACGAAUUUCGACCUUUCAGUGUAUCUGGUUACCAACGCCGAGAUGGUUCCUGCGGGCGGCUCUUUCAUCGAGUACGUGCGUCAGGCCAUCGAAAAUGGAGUUACGUGUCUCCAAUUGCGAGAGAAGGAUCUCAACACUCGGGACUUUAUUGCCCGAGCCAGAGAGGUGAAGAAGCUAACCGACAAGGCGGGAAUUCCGUUGAUAAUCAACGACAGGGCAGAUAUUGCGCUUGCGGUUGAUGCACAUUUGCACGUUGGUCAGGACGACAUGACCGUCCAAGAUGCCCGUAAAUUGUUGGGUCCCGAUAAAAUCAUUGGUGUUUCUGCCAGCAAGCCGCAUGAGAUACUAAAAGCUCUGGAGGACGGUGCGGACUACGUGGGAAUUGGGAUUUGUUUUGAUACUAAGACAAAGGUCACUGCCAAGUUGCCGAUGGGCCCAAUUGGCGCACAGAAACUGCUCCAGAUCAUCAAAGACUCCGGUAAGCCAUUGAAAACCUGUUUGAUCGGAGGAAUCAACGAGACGAACGUGCAGCGGGUUCGUGCACAGGCCAGGAUCCCAGGACUAGCUAUUGACGGUGUGGCUAUCGUGUCGUGCAUCAUGGCUUCGCCAGACCCGGCUACAGCCACCCGAAAGCUCGUUUCUCUAUGGAACGAGACUCCCAUCUUCUGGCAGUCGCUCUCCACUGGACCAGAAGCCACCGUCAAGGAAUUGAUCCGCCAGGUGCGCACGGUCAAACCGUUGGUCCACCACAUCACCAAUGGCGUUGUCAAGAACUUUUCCGCGAACGUGACUUUGGCAAUUGGAGCUGCUCCGCUGAUGAGCGAGUGUCCUGAAGAGUUUGGGGAGCUGGCACAGUAUCCCAACAAUUCUUUGGUGCUCAACACGGGAACUCCUACAGAGGAGGAGACUCAAAUGUACUUACAAGCUCUAAAAGCGUACAAUAAGCACGGUAAACCGGUGGUGUACGAUCCAGUUGGAGCCGGUGCGUCAACCAUCCGCAGGCUCAGCGUCCAGAAACUGUUGCUCGAGGGCUACAUGACGGUCAUCAAGGGCAACCAGGGCGAGAUCUUCACCGCUGCAGGGAUCCAGAAGUCCAUGCGCGGCGUCGACUCUGGGUCUGAGGAGGCGCUGGAGUCGGCCGUGUCUGUCGCCAAAACGCUGGCUGUGCAAACGAGAUCUGUGGUGGUCGUCACAGGCAAGAAGGACAUUGUUGUUGACGGAGUGCUUGACGGACGGCCUAGUGUGGAUGGGGAAGUCACAGUGGCGAUCAUUGAGGGUGGCCACGAACUGAUGGGAAAUGUGACCGGAACAGGGUGUUCUUUGGGGUCUACCAUAGCAGCUUUCGUGGCAGCCAAUAAGGGAUCCCCCUUCCUGGCCACUGUUGCUGCAUGUAGCGUCUACAAACAGGCCGGACGGAAAGCUGGAGCUCGUGCUGCCGGGCCAGGCUCGUUCCAGACCUUGUUUCUAGACCAACUACAGGCCUGCACAGAAACAGGUGACUAUGAGAAUUUCCAAAUAAUUUCCUGA